UGUGCAGAUCCGCAAAAUUGCGGAAAACUGCAACUUUGGCAUGAGCCUUGACCGGAUGCUACGGGAUCGAAUUGUGUGCGGUGUGAGAAGUAGAGACGUCCAGCGAAGGUUGCUGUCACGGCGGGACCUUACGUUGAAUGAGGCGGAAGAAGUAGCAGCCGCAGCGGAAGCAGCUGAUUCCGAAGUAGAACAAAUGCAAAGGCCAGAAACGAAGGAAGGGGCCAUACACAAAAUGGUGAAACAGCCGUCAAGAAAUGUGUACGGGCGGGAGAAGCACCUUUCGGUAGCAGCGUGUGGUCGCUGUGGAAGUUCAUCACACACCGGGGAAAACUGCGGCCACAAAACGAAAACGUGUUUUCGCUGUGGAAAGCAAGGGCACCUAGCCAGAAAGUGUCGAGCUACGGGGUAUCGGGAGCGAAGCGGGAAACCUGAUAAGGAACAGAUGUCGUCGUUGUUGGCGGACGCGUCAGCAGAAGAUGAUGACUUGUGCAUUUCGUCGGUGUACGCAAUCAAGUCGCAAGCUGCAACGGUCUGUUUGGUUCAACCAGUCAGGAAGAAGCUUUGCUGGGGAGGCAUUGACGUCAGCAUGGAAAUAGACACUGGCUCUCCUGUCUGCGUCAUUCCUCGGAACGUGUAUCUUCAGUGCCGAAACCGCUGGCCUAGCCUUGCAAAAAGUGAACUGAGACUGAAUUGUUAUCUCGGGAAAUUGCCCAUCUUAGGAGAGCUGCAUCUGGACGUUGCUUUCCAGGGCCGCACGGUUCCUGCAAACCUGGUGGUGUUGGAUUGCCUUGGACCCAGCCUUUGUGGCCGGGAUGUAAUCAACAAGUUGAACUUGCUUGGCGCAGAAGUGGCCUCUGUUUCCGCUCACCGAGACCACCAGGAUUUGGAAUCCCUGCUGAGCGACUUCCAGGACCUGUUCGAGCCCGGUCUAGGAGCCAUCGAGGGGCCCCCCGUACAUCUCUACCUGAAGGAAGGAGCUCGCCCGAAAUUCAUGAAGGUCCCAACCAUUCGCCCUCAUGCUGCCGUGUGGUACCGGAACUUCGGGCAAGGUGAAAAAUGGUUGCCCGGGGUGGUGGAGAGCAACCAUGGCGCUCGCAUGACUGUGGUAUCUACUCCCGGAGGCAACGUCCGCCGUCAUCUCGAUCAACUGCGGUUACGGGAGGUCAAGGCGGAAACCAGCGAGGCACCCGCCGCCAGCGGUUCAGCAGUACCUGCACCCUCUCCCAGGAGCCCUGCUGACCAGUUGGCCCGAGCCGCAGCCGCCAGCGGUUCAGCGGUACCUGUACCCUCUCCCACGAGCCCUGCUGACCAGUUGGCCCGAGCCGCGGUACCUGCAGCCUCGGCCAAGAGCCCUGCGAACGAGUUGUACGGCGACGCCACGACCUCAAGCGAGCCCGAAGACAGCUGUGUGCCGUUCCAGCUGCGACGGUCCACUCGGACUCGGAAACCCAUUGAUCGCCUUCAAUUAUAAGAGAAGGAGAAUUGUUAUCACUUCGGCCGAGUCACCGAAGCAUGACUUACUGUUAUCCGCCUUUUGUUUGUUUUAUUAACUGCGUUGCCAUUGGUCCGUGGAG